UAAUACGAAAUAAGUACAAAAUACAUUUUGACUUACAGCACAUCGCCAUCAAAAAUGUGCAAAAUACCUGUUCAUUCCGUGGCCGUGGUAUUUGACAGAAAAACGAAUCAAAUAGAAACAACAACAAUAAUAUUAGGAGUCGGCAAUUUACGUUGUCAAACGACAAAUGCUGGAUUAUUUUUCAAAUAAAUUGUUCCCUCAUUUUAUUAUAAUUUUAAUUGGUUCUAUUCCUCUAAAAAGUGUGAGUAAUUAGUUGUUAGAAAUGUCACGGGCUACGCUAGACUAUCUAUAUUUGUAUGAGCUACUUACGGAAAAAAAUGUGGAGAAUCAAACGUUAGAGUCUAUAUCAACGGCUGUUCAAAAACGCUUCUCCAAAAACGAUUACCUUAGUGUUGGAACAUUAUUGACAGCAUUAGUUCGUCAGGGCGAUUUGUCGGGCAUUGUGCAGAAGAUUUGCGCCUACUUCGUGAUGCAAGACUUAUUUCAAGAGAAUGGCCAUCAUACAGAAACUCCGUUCACAUCUGUUUUGGUCAAUGCGGGCGAAUCGAUUAUAAUUGUGUCUAAAGUGAAUUUAAUUGAAAAGCGAUUUGUCACGCAACUUCUGAAUUUUGGUACAAGGGAUUUGGGCAAGCUAACAACAGCGCGAAUUAUACAACAAGAGACAUUGCCCUUAAAAUUGGACUUGAAUGCGAUUAAGGCCUAUUUGGAACAUUCAAAAGAAUUACCUUCAACCGUCCGUCACUCACUUAUGAACAUUAUUCCAACACCAAGUCUACAGCAUUCCGACACAGCCGUUAAGGAUUUGAUGGAAGGAUUCAAUCAACCAGACACACCACUGAAAAAUGUUUUUCAGCCGGAAUUCAUAACGGUCGCUCCGCCCAUUUGCCCAGUCGAGGACGAAUUGAUUUGGUUCAAUGUUACCAAUCCGGCUUGGCACAAACCAAUUUAUGAUAUAUCACUCGGUUCAAUAUCAGCGACAGCAACAUCAGGCAAACGAAAUAAAACCAACGAAACAAUUAAACCACACAAUUCUAAUGAUACAGCUGAAUCAGAUAAUUGUUCUGAAGCGAGGCGUAUUUUGAAACAAGCUUUUGCUGAGGUACUAAACAUACAGGAUCGGCAAGUGCUACUGAAUGAAUUGGAAAAAGAUCCGGACGUUGUGAACAACAUUGGCUUAACACCAGCCAAAUUGCCAUUACUUGUGGAAAAUAAUCCUCUGGUAGCGAUUGAAAUAUUAUUAAAAUUGAUGAACUCGGAUCAAAUAACUGAAUAUUUCAACGUUUUGGUUAAUAUGGAGAUGUCCUUAUACUCAAUGGAAGUUGUAAAUCGCCUGACCACAUCCGUGGAUUUGCCAACGGAAUUUGUUUAUCUCUAUAUCAGUAAUUGUAUUUCAACGUGCGAAACAAUCACCGAUAAAUACAUACAAACACGGCUAGUGCGAUUGCUGUGCGUCUUUUUGCAAAGCCUCAUUCGCAAUAAAAUUAUUAAUGUAAAGGAAUUAUUCAUUGAGGUGGAAACAUUCUGUGUUGAAUUUAGCCGUAUCAAAGAAGCAGCUGGCCUGUACAGAUUACUAAAACAAUUGGAAACAAAUCAAAUGGAAAUGGGUGACGGAAAUAGUAGCACUGCACUGCCUACUACAUCUACAACGGGGAGCACAGUUGCAGCGGCUAGCCCAGAAAUUGCAACGAAUACUAAUUCAACGUCAAGUAGUUCUACAAUCUCAAAUGGAAAUUCAUCAGCGGCCAAAUCCAAGGAAUAAUUCAUCAAAAUUUAUGUACAAUUUAAAACAAACAAAAAAUGAAGAAGAUUAAAUGGAAGUCUAACCAAUUCGAAAUGA